AUGGACACGAUCUUCGAGACUGUUCUGCUCCGUCGAGCAGGUCAAUUCGAGCAUUGUACCCUCGACACUUGCCCAGUAUCCGACUCUUUAUAUGGUUAUCUGCCAUCAAAGCCUAUCAACCUGAUCUUCGUCGUGCUCUUCGCCCUCUCCUGCCUCGCACAUUUAGUCCAGGGCGUCAAGAACAGAUGCUGGACGUUCUUGGUCUGCUUUGGAAUAGGAACUGCCACAGAAGCUGUUGGGUACGUUGGUCGUAUCAUGAUGAGGACAAACCCUUGGAGCAAAGGAUCCAUUGGAAUACAACUUGUUUGUCUCACAAUCGCGCCAGCUUUUCUCGCAGGUGGGAUAUAUCUGACUUUGAAACAUAUCAUUAUUGUUUACGGAGCGCGGUUCUCCCGCAUCGCUCCCAGGUGGUACACCUGGAUCUUUGUCUGUUGUGAUAUUUUGAGCAUAUUAAUUCAAUCUGCCGGAGCCGUCAUCGCAUCCAGCGGCAGCCACAUCAGCCUCGGAAACACCGUUAUGAUGGUAGGGCUCGUCUCCCAGGUCGUGACUCUCGGCGUGUUCGGCGCUAUGGCAGCAGACGGUAACAUACGCAAAUUCCGCGGCGAGUUUAGCGAAUCAACCAUGGCACUACGAAACUCAGGGCGAUUCAAGUACUUCCUGAUCGCCACCAUCAUCGCCUACGCCUGCAUUUCCAUCCGGUGCGUCUACCGAAUCGCAGAAAUGGCAGGAGGAUGGAGAAACAAAGUCAUGCAGGACGAGCCCGCGUUUAUCAUACUGGAUGGCGUGAUGUGCGUGAUUGCCGUCCUGGCUAUGAACUUCUUCCACCCAGGGUUCCUAUUCAAGCAAUCGUAUGCGACGCUCAAGGCCGAGCUGAUGGAGCCGGAUACGGAGAUGGUCAACGCAGUCGGGUAUGAGAAUAGAAAGUGA